AUAUAUAUAUAUAUAUAUAUAUAAGCAAAGAGAGCAUUGCAUAGGCAGCUUUGCCUUCCUAUCACAACUAUGCAAGUCACAAGAACAUUCAAGCAAGCCUUCCUCGAGCAAAUGCUGCUUGGCUUCCGAGUGACUGAUGUUUCAUCCAAAAGGAUGAGCUUCCAAGAGAAGAAGAGUGUCAUCAAGCUUUCGGCUGGGAGAUGGACUCGUGGCCUCAUCGCGAAUCUCUCCAUGGAGCAGCAGAAGAGGCAGUUCCCUCGGGUGAUCCUGGGAGAGCAGUAUGAGAGACUGAUGAAGCCAUGCAGCAGCAGUUCAUGGAAGAUCCCAAGAGGCAAAAAGAUCCUGAGGAAAAGCCUUAGGGUGUCCUCAACCAGAAGGAAGAAGAAGCUGUGUGCAGUGGAGAAGAGAACGCGAGUGCUCCGAAGACUUGUUCCCGGUGGCGAGUCCCUGAGUGGGUUCUCCUUGCUAGAUGAAACCUUGGACUACGUCCUCUCUCUCCGAGCUCAGGUUGGUCUGAUGCAGAGCCUGCUGAUGACCUGCGAGGCAUCGAAGCGCAGAGCUCACGAGUCCCAAGUGCACAUCGCCUGAAACAAAAGCUUCGACUGUGGGCAACCGAGGUCGAUGUGAUGGGAUUCCAUGACUGGCUCAGGAAAGGACAAAGCUCCCUGUGCUGUCCACUCUUCUGAAUGCGGUGAAAGGUUGAAGAAGCUCUUCCAUGUGAAUGACCAGAUUGCAAAUGAUAAAACCAUGAUCAUAUGUGUUUGUUUACUUGCGUGUGUUUGUGCCGCGAGAGAAGAGGAAGGAUUAAGGAGUGCAGAUUACUUUCUUGUUAAUUUAUGUUUACUUGCGUGUGUU